CAAUAUUCGAAGCGGCAAGCUCAGUGAUUAUGUUGCAACUGAAGCAUUUGACGCUAUUUUGCGGACUGCUCGCUGCUGUAAUUAGUUUUCAGGAUCAUGUCCAGGCUGAUGUGCAAAAUAGGGCGCCCUCUCUAGGCGGCGGCAAGACCACCACCACGUGUGAGCCUGACUUAGAUGAAGACAAGCCUGGAGACAAUUUUGGAGAGAAUCCUGGAGACGACGAUAACAAUGGUGAUCGCGAUAACGAAACUUUAUGCAACAGCUUCCAGGCACUGCGUGCGACCAUCGAAAAGGAUACUCUGGUGGAUCUCAUACAGUCACACUAUCAGUGCAAUUCCAAGUUUCGCAAAGCCUUGUGCUACUACAAUACGACACGUUUCCAAUUGGUUGCCCAGGAGCUGCAGCAAAGCGAAGUCUUCAACACAAUGCUGGAAGAGCUGCGCAAUGCUGGUGUAGACACUACUGAUAUUGAGAAUAUUGUGGACAUUUUUGCCUGCUUGCUGGUGCCGGCACCGCAGCCCGACAAGAGCUGCGAUUGCAAGGCACUGCGCGGUCACACUUUCGUCGGCGAUCUCCUGGCUGCCAUGCCCCAACAAGCCGUGCAUGACUAUACGACAUCUGCCCGUAAAAAUCAAACCAAUUACGCCCGGUUUGUGGACACUGUGAGCUCGUCGGGCUUCCAGUCCCGUAUGCGUGCCAACAUGAUGAAACGCGAUGUGACACGUCCACUUCGUACUCUCCGCCGCAAUGGCUGGGAUAUGCCGGAGCUGCUGCGCGCCGUAACGUCCAUUCUCUCCUGGUGAAAACGAGGACAGCAGCUAAAUAACUUCCAUUUGUGACAUGGCAAUUCAUUGUAUUCCAAAUAUAGCAAAAUGUCUAGUAAAA